AUUUAUAAAUAUUAUAAUGAAUGAGUAAAUAUACGAAAAACAAUCGGACGACGAGAAAAUUAUGGUUUCAGAGAUGUCAAACUCGAAGCUUGGCGAUGGAAAUUCACCCGCGAAUCUGCCGCGGACAUUUAAGUACCUAUUAGCUACGCAGUUUCUGUCGAGGGGUAUUCCGUUCGUAUUCAAUUCCUGGAUUGUCAGGCACCUCUCCGAAGAAGAUUAUGCGCUCUAUGCCGUACAAUUCCAUCUGUUUGUCACUUGUGUAUUGUUUCUCAGUAGAGAAGGGUUUCGGCGAGCAUGCAUGCGAGCAGAUAUUGGAUGCGAUAGUGCUUCAGCAACAGGAGCAAAUGCAGCUAAGCUGUUGAAAGUAGCCUGGAUGACUUUUCCUUUAGGAGUACUGGUUACAGUUGCAGCAUGUUUCUUUAUAUUUUGGUGGCAAGGCCUAGAUUUUUCAAGUCCUUAUGCUCAAUCAAUCUUGAUAAAUGGUUUUGCAUGCGUAGUGGAGCUUCUGGCAGAGCCUUUUUAUAUAUUGUCUCAGUGUUUGGUUCUUUUGAGAUUGAGGCUUAUAGUGGAAGCUGUAGCCACUCUUUCACGCUGUAUAGUAACAUAUAUCCUCAUUCUGAAGCAACCUGGCUUGGAGAAAGCAAUUGUAUUUUCCCUGGCACAAGUUGCAUAUGGAGCAUCAAUUUUUGUAGGUUACUGGGGAUACUUUCUUCUGUUUAGAUUAUACAGUAUUUCUGUUCUGUUUCCAUUCAGGGUAGGAAAUAUAAUGAAUUAUGAUCAACCUCUUGCGAACAUGUGUGUGAUUUUCACCCUCCAGUCUUUCCGGAAGUUAAUACUUCAGGAAGGUGAAAAGAUGGUUCUUGUAUGGUUGGAUACACCAUAUAACCAAGCAGUGUAUGGACUUGUAGACAAACUAGGGAGCUUAGUGGUGCGGCUAGUUUUUCUUCCCUUUGAAGAAAGCUCAUAUGCGACAUUUGCAAGGUCUGCAUCAGGAGAUAACGAAGAUAAAAAGAAGAACCUGGCAAGGAGUCUGACUGAUGCUCUGAAGCUUGUUUUGCUGAUAGGUUUGGUGGUUAUAGCAUUUGGGCCGAGCUAUUCUUAUUCCCUCAUCAGAUUACUGUAUGGUAGGAAAUGGAGUGAUGGGGAAGCUUCAGUAGCGCUCCAGUAUUAUUGCAUUUAUGUGAUAGUUUUGGCCAUGAAUGGGACAUCCGAAGCAUUUCUGCAUGCAGUUGCAUCAGAAAGUCAGCUCAAACGGUCAAAUGACUCAUUACUUAUCUUCUCAGUGAUUUACAUAAUCCUGAAUGUCUCACUCAUACGAUCAGCCGGCGCAAUUGGAUUGAUAUUAGCAAAUUCUUUGAAUAUGAUCUUAAGGGUAACCUAUUCCGCAGUUUUCAUUAGAAACUAUUUCAAGGGAUCUUUUUCCUUUAGAGCCUGCUUGCCCUCGGGCUUCGGAUAUAUACUAGUUUCAGGUAUAGCCACUUUCAUCCUUGAGAGAACACACCUGAACCGAGAUAACUUCUGGACUACCUUUGCUGUCCACUUAUCCUUUGGGUUGACAUGUUUUGUCGUUGCUGCUUUCGCAAUCUACCGGAAGGAGAAGGCGUUCAUUCGUAAAAUCAUACGUUUUCGCGAACAUUCUGACUGAAGUCACUCCCUAUCAAAGGUUCAAUGAAUUUUCCUGCCUUAGUAUCUUUACACUUACCCAAACCAUAGGACCUAUGCCUCUAACAACAGCUGCCAUCAUUUGUAGAAUGCUACUCUGAAUAUUUUGAAGUGUUACGAAAAAAAACUUGUUCUGAUUUUGGUUGGAGAAUAUUCA